UCAGUUCCAGAUGCAGUUCGGGAGAUUCGGCUGGACGUGGGGGAUGCAGCCCUGAAGGCGGACGCUGUGUGAGAGCUGGUGCAAUGAUUUUGCUCAUUUCCCCUCUUUUUUAAAGAGGCGGUUCUGAAGGGAGGGGAAAAAAAAGAAGGUGGAGGAUGCAGAUUGGAGGUUUGACAGUCUGGUCCUGAUACGAUCAUGCACAUUCCUCCGCAUUGCACAUAACCAGCCUUUCUCUCCAGCCGUCCUCUUUCCUUUAACGGGGCCCCCCCUCCCCUUCCUCUCGUCGCCCACCUGGAUCGCGCCCGCCUCGCUCAGUCCGAGCCGAGACGAGCCGCCACCGCGGAGAAAAGGGACCGGGCUGCGCUGUGCGGUUUGGCGCUCCACGCCAUGCGUCUGUUUCUGCUGGCGGUGCUCCUCUCGUGCUCCUGCGCGCGGGCCGGCUGCGAGCCCAAGAUCGUGAACAUCGGGGCCGUCCUGAGCCAGAAGAGGUACGAGCAGGUUUUCAAGGAUGCCGUGAACCAGGCCAACCAGGUCUACGGCCGGGACAAGUUCAAGCUGAACGCCAUCUCCGUAACGCACAAGGCCAACGCCAUCCAGAUGGCUCUGUCGGUGUGCGAGGACCUCAUCUCCAGCCAGGUCUACGCCAUCCUGGUGAGUCACCCUCCUCAGUCCAGUGAUCACCUCACGCCGACGCCCGUCUCCUACACGGCAGGCUUCUACCGCAUCCCGGUGGUGGGGCUCACUACGCGCAUGUCCAUCUACUCUGACAAGAGUAUCCACCUGUCCUUCCUGCGGACAGUCCCUCCCUACUCCCAUCAAGCCCACGUUUGGUUCGAUCUGAUGCGCGAGUUCAACUGGAACCACAUCAUCCUGAUCGUCAGCGACGACCACGAGGGCCGGGCUGCUCAAAAGAGGCUCGAGACUCUCUUGGAGGAGAGAGAAACGAAGAAUAAAAAAAGGAACUAUGAAAACCUCGACCAACUGUCCUAUGACAACAAGCGAGGACCUAAGGCAGAGAAAGUCCUACAGUUCAGUCAGGAGACAAACUUAACCGCCCUGCUGCUGGAGGCUAAAGAGCUGGAGGCCCGAGUCAUCAUCCUGUCCGCCAGCGAGGACGAUGCUGCUGCCGUGUACAAGGCGGCCCGCUUCCUCAACAUGACGGGCUCGGGAUACGUGUGGCUGGUGGGGGAGCGGGAGAUGUCCGGUAAAGCUCUGAGCGAGGCGCCAGACGGCCUGAUCGCCCUCCAGCUCAUCAAUGGGAAGAAUGAGUCGGCCCACAUCACCGAUGCCGUGGCUGUGGUGGCUCAGUCCAUCCAAGAGCUCUUUGAGAAGGAGAACAUCACAGAACCUCCGAGAGGCUGCGUGGGCAACACCAACAUCUGGAAAACAGGACCCCUUUUUAAACGAGUGCUGAUGUCCUCCAAAUAUCCAGAGGGCCUGACGGGACGCAUCGAGUUCAAUGACGACGGCGACAGAAAAUACGCCCACUACAGUAUUCUCAACUAUCAGAAGUCUCGGCUCGUUCAAGUCGGCAUUUACAAUGGCACACAGGUGGUGAUGAACAAUCAGCGGAAGAUCAUCUGGCCUGGAGGGGAGACGGAGAAACCGCAGGGCUUCCAGAUGUCCACUCGAUUAAAGAUAGUGACGAUACACCAGGAGCCGUUUGUGUAUGUGAAACCAACUAUGCUAGAUGGGACGUGCAAGGAAGAAAUGACGCUAAAUGGAGUGCUGAUAAAAAAGGUUAUCUGCACUGGGCCUAAUGAGACUAUCCCAGGGCGGCCCAUCGUGCCGCAGUGCUGUUACGGGUUCUGCGUUGAUCUCCUAAUCAAGCUGGCUAUGACCAUGAACUUCACUUAUGAGGUGCAUCUGGUCGCUGAUGGAAAAUUUGGAACCCAAGAGCGGGUGAACAACAGCAACAAGAAGGAGUGGAAUGGCAUGAUGGGAGAGCUCCUGGGUGGCCUGGCUGACAUGAUUGUUGCCCCGCUGACUAUAAACAACGAACGUGCCCAGUACAUAGAGUUCUCUAAGCCCUUUAAAUAUCAGGGACUCACUAUUCUUGUCAAAAAGGAAAUUCCUCGAAGUACACUGGACUCAUUUAUGCAGCCGUUCCAAAGCACACUGUGGCUGCUGGUGGGUCUUUCGGUGCAUGUGGUGGCGGUGAUGCUUUACCUUCUAGACCGGUUCAGUCCAUUUGGAAGAUUUAAAGUAAACAGUGAAGAGGAAGAAGAAGAUGCCCUCACCUUGUCAUCUGCCAUGUGGUUCUCCUGGGGGGUGUUGCUGAACUCUGGAAUAGGAGAAGGUGCGCCACGCAGCUUUUCAGCGAGAAUCCUUGGCAUGGUGUGGGCUGGCUUUGCUAUGAUCAUUGUGGCUUCCUACACUGCCAACCUGGCUGCCUUCCUGGUGUUGGACCGGCCUGAGGAGCGUAUCACCGGCAUCAAUGACCCAAGGCUAAGAAACCCAUCUGACAAAUUCAUCUAUGCCACAGUGAAGCAAAGUUCUGUGGACAUCUACUUCCGACGACAGGUGGAGCUUAGCACUAUGUACCGGCACAUGGAGAAACACAACUAUGAGAGUGCUGCAGAGGCUAUCCAGGCUGUGCGUGACAACAAGCUGCAUGCUUUCAUCUGGGACUCUGCGGUGCUGGAGUUUGAAGCCUCGCAGAAGUGCGACCUGGUGACCACGGGAGAGCUGUUUUUCCGUUCGGGCUUUGGCAUAGGCAUGCGCAAGGACAGCCCCUGGAAACAGAAUGUGUCCCUGGCCAUUCUCAGUUCUCAUGAGAAUGGCUUCAUGGAAGACCUAGAUAAAACCUGGGUGAGAUACCAGGAGUGUGACUCACGGAGCAAUGCCCCAGCCACACUCACCUUUGAGAACAUGGCAGGAGUCUUCAUGCUUGUGGCUGGAGGGAUUGCGGCGGGGAUCUUCCUCAUCUUCAUUGAAAUCGCUUACAAACGCCAUAAAGACGCCCGCAGGAAGCAGAUGCAGCUGGCCUUUGCGGCCGUCAACGUUUGGAGGAAGAACCUGCAGCCCUCUUCCUCUGUAGAGACUCAGGAUGAUAGGAAAAGUGGUAGAGCAGAGCCCGACCCCAAAAAGAAAGCCUCUUUUAGGUCCAUCAGUACCACCCUGGCUUCCAGCAUCAAGAGACGUAGGUCCUCCAAAGACACGCAAUUCCCACCAACUGAUGCCACGGGCCAGCUCAACUUGUCUGAUCCCAUCUGUCAGCACCGUGGUGUAAAAAUAAAAAGAGAGAGAGAGAGAGAGGGAGAGAGAAAGAAAAGAGCGACCCUGAGGUCCGUUCACGUAGGAGAGAGGUUAUCAGAAGGAUGUUGGAGGAGAUGAAUCAAAAGGAGAAGACUCCACGUUUCCCUUCACAGCUGAAGCUGCGGAGCUCUGAAUGAAAACCUCUGAUGAAGAAGAGGCUGAUGACACUGAACUUUGCACCUUUUUAAGAAAAACAAAAAAAGAAACAAUAAAAACAGGAUCAUCUACCUGGUCUUAGAUGUUUUUAGGAUGGCUAAGCAUGCACAGAAAAUCCCAUCUUUCCCACAUAUACAAUCUUUUCCUUCUGUAUUUUAUUAGCUUUGACUUACUUAGCCUUGUUUUGUCCUUUUACUCGCAUAAACUUAAUGCUUGAUGUUUCAUUUUAUUACUUUCCUGAGCAGCUGCAUAGCUUUUAGGUGACCAGGUAUAGUUUGGUUCAUUUUAGGGAUAAAAAAAUAUAUAUAUCUGUUUUUGGUGCAAAUACUUCACAGGAUGUUUUCUCUUCCAAUUAAGGCUAAAAUAGAGCAGAAGAAUCCAGUGUUUCCUAACAACUUAUAGUGCAAUACAAAAAGUGCUAGAGAUGAAUUAUUUUUAAAAGGAAUUAUAUAUGAGUUUUUAUCGACACUUUAAAUGUUUUUAGUCAUUUUAUUGGGAACAAUGGCACUUAAAACAAGCAUAUGGCUUCUCAUGUCUUCUGGUGAAAAUGAAAGCAUGUGUGUGCUUGUAUAUGAAAAUGUAAAAGCUUUAUGUAUUUGAAUGAUGACAAUGAUUAAUGCAAUUUUUAGGAAAAUUCUUUAAAUGCUAAAGUUCUUAAUUUUGCACUCAUUUGCCCAAGGCACUUAUUUAAAUGUUAGCAAAAGCUUCAAGUACUUAGGUCUACUUUGAUUUGAAAUUAAAUAUUCAUAUAUAUAUAUAUAUAUAAAUAUAUAUAUAGAGGAGACAAUAUACAAACAAUCAAUUAAAAAUUUGAUUGGUGUUUUUAUGCUUGGACGCCCUUCCUCUUCCUCUCUCCUGCGGCUGCGGUCUUUCUCAUUUCCAGCUUCAAAAGGGGUUGCAUCAAAGGGCCACGUUUUUCACCCAACCAGCACUCUGCCUUUCGUGCAAAACCAAAACUUUUGUACGAAGAGACUAGAGUGAUUUGAAUCCUCUGUGUAUGUCUUGGUUAGUUGCAAAAACAGGCCAUUUCCCAUAUUCUGGAGAUGAGAAACAUCUACAUGCUGUCUACAAGCCCUCUUUAGUGUCUGGCACUGCUUUGCACUUUAUGCUGAGGGGUCUCCGUAAUUAGGUUUUUCUAAAAAACAAGCUGAAUUACCAAGGAACUACAGCGAAACCCCAAAUGUCUCAUCAAGAAAUGCUAACUUUGUACCCCAGAAGUCCUUUUACUUUACUUUAUAGUAGAGCCAAGCUGCUUACUUAUGUCUCAUUUAAGCCCCUGCAUGCUUCGGUAUUAAUAACAUAACAUAGUGUUUUUGUUUGUUUCUGGGUAUGUGGUAUUGACGAGUACAGUUCGCUGAGCUGUCUGAAGAAGCACUUAAAUUGAAUGAAAUGUACAUAGGUGAGGAGGUCAAACUGCACUUGUGCUGCGACUGCAGCAGAGAAUGUCUGAUACAACAGUUGUAAACUCACAGGAGUUUUGUAACACGGGCAUGCACUGACUCACAAUCACGUACAAACAUGCACAAGAAGCCCUGACAGCAAGAUUCGCUUGUUUUUUUUCCUACAUUUUUCAGUGAAGAUCUUGCUUAAACCAUCAUGUUUUUAUUGCUGUAAAUAAAGUAUGCUGACAUUACCAAGUCUAA